AUGUCCUCAAAGGAAUAUCAAGAAGCAAUCCGAAAAGCACACUAUUACGACCUAGCAGAGAGGUACCAAGACAUGGCCGAGGAAAUGAAAAAGGCCGUUAUAUGCAUAGCAAAGGAGGGGCAGGAGCUGAGCGUUGCCGCCAGAAACUACCUUUCUCUUGCUUUCAAGGAUUUGGUAAGCUCUAGGAGGAGCAGUUGGAGGGUACUGGUUGCUGAGAGAGCAAAAGUAAAGGAAAAACAACCAGAAGAGCUGCACAUAAUAGAUGAGAUAAUAAAGAAAGUAGAGACCGAGUUACUUGACUAUUGCAAUGAAGUUCUUGGGAUUAUUGAAGACUAUAUUCUUCCUAGAAUAGAUAAAUGCUCGCUGACCCACAAUGUUUUCUUCUUAAAGAUGAAAGGUGACUAUUACAGAUACAUGGCCGAGAUAAAGGAGACGUACAAGGACAAAAAUGUGCGGGAAGAGGCUUUAAGGGGAUAUGCCGAGGCAAAGAAACUGGCAGAUGGUCUUAGCUUUACAGAUCCUAUACGCCUGGGGCUUUAUUUAAACUUCUCGGUUUUUGAAUAUGAGAUAAUGCAGAAUCCGAGUGAAGCUUGUAAAUUGGCAAGGACAGCAUUUGAUGCUGCGAUAUCCGAGCUUGACACACUCUCUGAAGAUUAUUAUAAAGAUUCGACGCUGAUUAUGCAGCUUUUGAGGGAUAAUCUUACUCUUUGGACCUCGAGAGAGGAAGUUGAUCAGGCAAAAGGCGAAAACCUGGAGAUGUCUUGA